GGCGAAGUGUCAUUUAGUGAAAUCCAUAAAUAAAAAUCAAAGUACAAUCUUAAACCCUAAAGCCCUCUUUUUCAGAACCCUAAUUUGCCUGUGCUUGAGGCAGCGGCGCCAUGGGUGGCUCCAGAAGAAAGUACAAGCGUUCAAGGGCGAAAGUACGAGUCGGACUGCCGAGGAGAAACCCUAACGUGUUCAAGCCGGCGUUCAAUCUCCCCCCGAAGCUCAAAACUCUCUUGGACCCGCUCUCGAAGUGGGACGACAAGGGCAGCGUAAUCGAGAAUUACAAGUCGUUCGGCGUCGUUUCGAACCCCAAUUUCCUCGGCGUCCGGGCUCGCACGGCUCACAUUGUCGAGAGCGAUGACCUCCAGAUGGCCCCCGCCGACGAGCCCGUGUCGGAGUUCGAGCCGGUCGAUAGCGGCAGCGAUCUCGAGGAAGAUGAUUUGAAGUCGGCUCUCGGGAAAAAGCGGCGUGAUGGUAAACACACGUCCCUACAACCACUUACAGCAACACAAAGAGUUCAUGUUAAGCGUCUCGUGGAGAAAUACGGUGAUGAUUAUCAGGGCAUGUUCAUGGAUAUUAAAUUGAACAGCUUGCAGCAUUCGGUGGCAACACUCGAGAAACUUUGCAAACGGUAUCAUAAGUUCAAAGACCAGAACCCCAUGCUUGUGGAUUUUGUCGAGCUCCCAAAAAAGCUCAAAAGGUCCGAGAGGAAGCCAUGGGUGACCGACAUUAAUGAACUCAAGCGCAGGUCGAGGUUGGAAAGGAGAGAGAAGAUGCUGGCUCAAGAGGCAACGCUUAAGCCUCCGGAAAAUGGGUUAUUGGUUAAGGAAUUAAUCCCAGUUGCCCGUGAUGUUAUGGCUGCGAGAGCUCGUUUGUUGUCUUGCGUGUCGAGGGUUUCGUGCAGCAUCCCUAUUUUCGCCUGCAGUGUUUGUGGAGACGUGCAUGUGGGUAAUCCACCGCACAAGAUCAGAACAUGCAAUGCCGAUGGUAAGAUCAAAGAGCACACAUGGGAGAGAGGUGGGGCCCACCAAGUUUUCCCGAACGUCGAAUCUUUUCAUCUGUAUGAUAGAUUGGGACGAGCCGUGUCCCACAACGAACGUCUGCAAGUGGACCGUAUUCCGGCCAUUGUCGAGCUCUGCAUUCAGGCGGGUGUGGAUAUUCUAGAGUACCCAACAAGAAGGCGUGAUUUCCCUGUUUAUAAGGUGGCGGGUAAAAUGCUCGAUUUUGAGAAGAGGUUUCCGAAAAAUGAUUCGCCACGAAAGGACGUGAGAGAGUUUGCCUUUUGGGAGAUGGCUAAAAGGUCGACCGAGAGUCACAGGGCUUUCGAUUCGCCAUAUGAUGAUGAUGAUCUCAAAGGUCAUGCUCAGCUUGGAAUGGAAGCACUCGAAAAAACGCGUGUUGGGGUUAACAGACUGAUGCAGAAAUACGCCGUGCAAACCUGCGGUUUUUGUUGUGAGGUGCAAGUGGGGCCCAAGGGGCACCGAGUUAGACAGUGCCAGGCGUUCAAACACCAGAUGAGAGAUGGGCAGCACGCGUGGCAGGAAGCGACUUUUGAGGACCUUGUUCACCCGGUCUACGUGUGGCAUGUCGCGGACAAAAAUAACCCACUACUCGUGCACGAUUUGAAGAGGUAUUACGGAAUGUUGCCUGCUUUGGUUGAGCUUUUCGCGCGGGCCGGUGCCGAAAUUGGUGAAAACUAUCGAGGGUUGAUGAGGGAAGAUGUCGUCGUGCCCACAUUGGAAGAGGCAAAGUUUGUAGUUUGAAAUGUGAAUUUCUUUAGUUGUAUUCGUUUGAGAUUCUUGGAUUUGCUACGUGCGAUGACUUUUUAAGACUUUUAAAAAUUCUUAGGGAUUCAUUUGAGAUUUCAAAAAUGUCUUAAUAAAUUAUGAGGUAUAUAACUUAUUUAACGCUGAGAGUUACUAAGACAUGCUAAGAUUUCAU